CGCGAGAUCUGUGGUGUGCUUGCCACCCCGACUGCGAUGAGAUGAGAUGUCGCAAUCGCAUCCUCUACCGGCAGCUCGGCAUGCACACUUUCCACCGGAACGCAUCACCCCUCGACACCGACCCAACCCCACAAAUGCAGGGUCUUGGUAUGUAUGCCGCAAAGCCGGGACCACUUGGAAAGACACCGACGCCGGCCAGCGACAGCCUGUGUUGCUGAACUCACGACAGCAGAGUCGAUUCCGUCCGAAACGUGGAUCAGACGCACAAAUACCUGAGCUACUUUGGCACGCGGCCACAAACUUCAAGCCUACCGUUGACAAGCUCCGUCACGUAUGAGCUGCGCGAGCUCUGAAUGGCCAC